UCAGUACCCAGCCCAGAAUCCCUUGCUUGAUGAAAACCCAGAAAGUUACUGAGGUAGACAGAGCGAAAACAGCAGCAGAAUUAUUACAUUGUGAAUACAGCUGAGUUCUAUGGAAGAAAUUCCCUCUCUUUUAUGGGGUUUGGAUCCAACGUUCUUCUCAUUUGCAAAACUGUACAUUAAAGAUAUUCUGGAACUAAAGGAGUCCCAUCAAGUUCCAGGUAUUUUUUUCUACAAAGGACAUCCUAUAAAGCAAGUUGACAUUUUAGGAACAGUGGUGUGUGUGAGAGAAAAGGAGACUUUUUACAAUUAUGGAGUGGAUGAUAGUACUGGUGUUAUAAACUGUACAUGCUGGAAGAGUGCCAUGUCAACAGAAGUGUCAUUUCAAGGUAGUGCCACUAACCGUGGUACGUCUGGCACUUCAAAUCUCGAUGAAAUGAUGGAGAAGCUAUACGCGGAAGACAAUAAAAAAGCUAAGAUGGAAAUAGGAGAUAUCAUUAGAGUUCGAGGUUAUAUUAAGGUUUUUAGAAACCAGCGAGAAGUUGUGGCUUCGACCUACUGCAAAGUAGAUGAUCCUUUAUUUGAUAUGCAAAUUGCAAGGAUGCUGGAUCUGCCAUACCUUUACAGACAUGUUUAUGACAAGCCUUUUAAAAUACCCGGACAUAUUAAAGAUCCAAACCAAGCAAUGACUGAUGACAACUUUGUGACUGAGGCCAAUCUAAUUUCACUCCUAAGUGACAAAGUAAAAGAUUUUCUAAUAGAAAACAACAUUCAGAAUUUUUACCAACGAGAAUUAGAAUGCGUUUCCUCCUUAAUCACUGUUGCUAGCCAGUCCACCAACACAGCAGAGAAUGAAUCAAAAGCCACUUCUGGUUCACAAAACAUUCACAACCUAUUUAAGCAUGCCAUACGUAUACUACAAGAAAAUGGGAUGGUCUUUCAGAAAAGCAAAAACUCUGAUGUUUAUCAAGUGACAGAUCAGGAUAAAGAAUUGUAUAAAUGUACACUAAAUAUUAUUCAAGAUGAUUCAAAAAGGCUCAAACAUGCUGACAAAGGCUGCCAUUUUCUCUACAUCAUGAAAUGUGUACAACAGAGAUUUGGAUCCAACAUAACAGAAAAUGUCCUACUCCGUGUCAUUAAUGCACUGGAAAGAAAUAGUGAUAUCGUUAGUGUUCAUGAAAAAUACUACACCGCCUUCUGAUGUCAUGAAAUGGCACUGAGAAUAGCAACAAAACAAACUGCAAAUAUUACAAUAUUAUAAAAUAUUUUACUCUUA